AUGAACAUUUCAAAAAUACUUACCUUUUCUUUUUUAUUAUGUGCGAUUGGACAGUUAAUAAUUGUGUGCGCUAGUGGGACCUUAUCGUCAAUUGAAAAGGAUUUAGCGCCAUUACACAAUGUCGAUGAUACUUUGGCAGCAAAAAAUAGGAAGAAGAAACUUUAUUACUCUUUAAUAUCCUCGGGCAUGUUUGUCUUUGUUGCUUUAGCACUGGGAAUUGGGUAUUAUAUAGAUAAAAAAGAAAAAGAACAUUAUGUUGAAAAAUAUUCCCUGUUCAAAGAUAAACGAUUUCAGUUUGAAAAUCCAAAAGAUGGACAAAUGCCAAGUACCAGCAGAGAAUAUGUGGAGCCACCAGGAAUAAAUAAAGUAGAUAUAAAAGGACCGCUAGUUGAAAACACAAACGAGAAUGAUGUUCCUAUAAAAAAAUUUAAUACAUUUUUGGACAAUGCAAGGAUAGCCAUUCGGCACCAUUUUAAUAAUUUAUCAGAGCCACAACAGGAGUACUAUGUAAAUGACAGGGAUUAUAUAAGAAAGAUUGUGCAAUCGAUGGAGAGCAGAAGAAAUGUUUAUUUGUCCAGAAUGCAAGAGGACUUGGUAGUUUUGAACAUGGAGGACUUUCUGCAAAAAAUUUCGAAAGAGUAG